AUGGUGCCGAGCCAAGUUUGGCUGAUUGCCCGCUUGGGUCAUCGGCUCGAUGAGCUCGUCCGCUCCCUCAAAGCCGCCUUCACCUUCACCUCCGAAUGCCGAGUGUUGCUCCUCACUGGUGAGAGCUACCGAGUGCUAGACCUGCAGCCCGGAGACUUCGAGUUUGCUGCUUCGGAGCUGGAUUGGGUUCAACAGAUACGAGCCACAACGGGGCUCGAGGUUUCGUCGCUGCUGGAAGCAGUGCACAUCUUGACUUCCAAGCGGGGCUCAUGUCCUGUAGUUCUUCUGGACGAGAACGCCAAGGAAGAUUGGAGCUGGGCGGCACCUUUGGCCAAUCCAGUUGUCUGCCUGGGAGUGCAUGAGGAUUUCGAGGAAGAAACGAUGGCGAUCCGGGCCGCGGCCCCGACACAUGCCGCGCAACUGGGGCCUGUAGCUUUGCAUUCUUCGGCAUGUCUGCAUCUUCUGUCUUCUGUUCGUUUGGGAGAUGCUGGUGCUCCCUUGUCGCCGGUGCGGCCAAUGGUUGUGCAGAAGGACAGUGCCCCAAGAGCUGUCUCAGCAAGAAGUUUCAGGCGAGCUUUGCCGCGCAGGCAGUCAAUUCGUUUCUUUCUACAUUUAGAUGAUUCGCCGUUUUCGGAAACGACCAGAACAGAGGUUCAUCAGGCAAUUGUUGCCGCGUGCCUGGUUUCCAAGAGUGUCUACGAUGACCGAGACACGCGCUUAUGCUUGGUCUGGCCAUCGAAGUCGGGCUUGCGGUGUGUGAUGGUGGACCGAAGUCUCAUGGACCUUGCGAAAGGGCGCUUGGUUCCAGCUGAGGGUCCGGUGAUUGCCGCUCUGAAGCUGAAAGUGGAAACCGACGAGAAAUCCGUGGGUGAGUGUUUAUGCGAUCUGCAAGCUGAAUCUCGGCGCUUGUCCCUGGGCCAACCUGCCGUUGUGCGAGUCUCUGUGGGCGAGCCGAGCAGCUGGCCAAAAUGGCAAGUCCAAGCCGGCUGGCCAAGUGAUCCGAUGAUAAUGCUGUUUCUCCAAUGGCAAGGCGAUCUACCGAUUCCAGAAACCACAUCCAUUCAUGUGCCUGCUGGAGCCGCUGCGAAGGCGAUCAUCACGCUGCAGCACUGGCACAACCUAGGAGUCCUGCCAGCAACAUUGACACCGCGGCCGCGGAUGGAGGGCGAGAAGGGAGACACCGAAGUGCUUAAAAUCAUCGAGGAAUGCGAACAGAUCCGGCCAGAACGUGGCAGGGAUGUGUGCCUGGACAUGGCGAUUCCCUUUCGCGGCAGAGUGGCUGGCCGGGUCCGAAUGGGCCACGUCCUGUUUGCUGACUGUGGAGUCAAGGUCAUGUGCAAGGAACAGCGGCUUGGUGCCUCCUUCCAUGUGGUCGUGGGAGAGCUUCGCGUGGGGGAUACUUUGCACUGCAGAGGCUAUCCAGGAUACGAGUACAAGGGCCAUCCUGCGAUUUUCGCAACAGAGAUUCUCGCGAUUGAGCCGACGUGUACGGAAGGUCUCCAACCGUCGGACUCCAUCCUGUUCCGCGAUGAAUCAAUCCUCGUUGUGGAAAAGCCUGCUGGAAAGCUUGCCUGGGAAGACAACAGACACCGCCACGAACGUGGAACUGCCUUGAGAGUUGACGCAGAACAUUUGCUUUGUGCUCCGGAAGCUGAAGUCAGCGGUCCUGCCGUGUACACCAUGACUCGGCAAGAGUCACCGUCCCAUUGCCUUUUGGAGUACUUCAUUCUGGUGGCUGGGAGACCUGCAGGAGUGUCCUCGUGUCGGGCUGCAUUGCGACCAGCACGUGGAAAGCCAAAGCAAGAUGCUGAAACGCAGCUGGAUACUUUAUGGGAAGGUGAAGACUGCUCCCUGCUUCGAGCUUCCGUUCGCGGACCCGAAACGAAGUCGCAAGUUUGCAGGCAUCUACAUCUUCUGGGCUUCCCGGUUUGGGGUGACCGCCGUUUCGGAAACCAGCGGGCAAAUCUGCGCUCACGCGCAGUCUUCGGCCUAGCAAGGCCAUGGUGUCACCUGGGCCGGUUGGAGAUCUUUGGGAGCUUCGGUGGCCUUCGAGUUGAAACUCUGCCACCACCGGACUUGCUAAGAGUGCUGCACGCUGUUGGUGGUGACUGGCAGUUCCAGUCAAAGGUGCAGAGACUCCCUCCAGUGAUGGUGCUGUCUCACUUUGAGAACGGUCUUGGUGUAGCCUACUAUGUGACAAAUCGGGACAAGGCGGAAAAGCUGCAAGAACAAGAGGGCUCGGAUGCAACUUCGAAGCUUUCGUGUUGA